UUUUCAUGUCCUAUAACAUAUUUCUAAUAUAAAUGGCAGAAUGGGAACGGCACGAUUUCAUCGUUUCCUUGAAUGCAGUUCAGAACUGAGCUGAGCUGUGGUUGUGUUUCAGUACUGCUGAGCAAGCAGAUCACUGAAGGUAAAGGCACAGGCAUAUGCUGUUGGUUGUUGCACAAAGAUUUCCAUCAUGGAGCAAAACAAAGGGAGACGCCAUUUCGGAUUUACUCUCUGUCCGCACUGCAUGUCAACACGGACAACACUCCACAUUUCCGUCUGCGCCUUUUAGGGUGAAACGGGAAUUCUGGAAGCGAAAAAGCAAGAUCACGAAGAAUACAACCUGUUGAAAUUCGGAACAAAGUUCAUUCCUGUCACACAGGGGACAUGCAAUGUAUGGACGUUUGUCAAGAUUGAUUAGUGGUAAGAGACUGACAAAACUGGCAAACAAACUUCAGAGUGAGGGUGGUAACUUAGGUAAAUGAUUUACAGAGUGCCAUAGUGCUGGCUUCUCAAGUGAUGUGAGAGAGAGCUGUCUUGUUUAUACAGCUUUGUGGAUUGAUAGCUGUGAGAUUGCCCUGGAUAGGGACAUCUGCUAUGCAAGUGAAUAGUAAUUAUUAAGCUAAUAGAGAGUGGAAGCUAAUUAAAGAAACUAAUCAACCUUAAACUUUAAAUUUUAGAGUUUAAUAAAAUGCUUUACUGAUGAUGGUUUAUUCUCAAAGCUGUUUUGGAGGGUAAUAAAUCAACAGCAGAUGAGCCUUUUAUUUUACAGUUUAAAAGCUUUUUUUUCCAAGUAGUUAAUUCAAGUUGACUAAACAUUGAGGAUCAAAUCUCUAAAAAAACGUAUCUUUAUGUAUUAACACUCUCUCUAGGAAAAAAACAAUACUAACAUCUGAUUUAGUAAUCCAUGGGACUAGAUUGUCAUACGAUUUUCCUGGAAGACGAGGAAAUAGACAGUUUUGUACACACAGAAUACCAGAAUGCUUAUAAUCUGCAGGUUGUUGACACUGUCCUCACUUGGACGGAGGAAAGGCUGACCUGAUUUUUGCAUUGUCAGGUCACCCUUUACUUCAAGAUUGUGGUUUAUUGCCAGUUCCUUCUUGCCUGGUGUCCUUUUCUGUGUUCCCAGCCUUGUAUUGGCAGGUAUUGACAUUUAUUGAGAAGGAUUUCUAGCCACACUCCAUACGCAGAGGAUAACUUUACCUUUGAAGGGUGUCAUUCCGCGAUUCGCUACAAAUGUGUCAAUAUCGCCAGAGCUGUAAACCGCUUCGCUGAAGCUAAUGAGCAAAGCUGACGUUAUUGACGAAGAAUCCCACAAAGCUGCAAUUCUCCAGUUGUUUGCUUUUGCAACCUGCUGUUAGGAUUCCUUGCCAUAAGAAAAACUUGGCAGCCUUCUCCUGCAGUAUAAAAAAUGCGUCGUGUUGUAAAUGCCCCAGUCCAUGUCAUACAUGCUGAUGCUAGGUUAAAAUGUAUCACUGCAAAAUAUGACUGGCACAUUAUUAGCCUCGGCUGAAAUGAUUUCUUUGAGCAAAGGAUUUAAUUGAGUAUAUAGGUUUAUAUCUCCAUUAACAUGUUUGAUUUUCAGAGCUUUAAAAUGAGAUUGUUAACGUUAAUAAUGAGAAUAUAACGUUCGUUCGGAAGAGUCCAUAUUAUCUGUUCAUGAAACAAGGUGUCCACUUUCCCUAUCAGGUGAAUAUUUGUGGAUGGGGAGGAUCUUUAGAUUCUUCCAGCGGUCUGGAUCUGGGAAUGGCCUGGACGUUACAGGUAAACCAAAGAUGAGGAAUGAAUAACCUAGAAAAGUCUCUUAUCGUGAAUAGUUAAGAAAGUGUACAAAUAUUUAAAAUAAUCUCGGUUCGAGUGAGGCGUCUGUCUUAAUGAUAGCGAACGUACCCUGAUGAAUAAUUCAGCGCUUUCCUCCUCUGUAUGGGCAGUUUUCUAUGAAUAAUAACUCUGGCCCUGCCUUUCUAAUGUAUAUUGAUUAGAUCUGUCUGACAGUCCGUGAUGUUACAGUCUCGUUAUGGCGUCUUAGCAGAGCUGAAUGGGAUUUUUUCCUCUGCUGCCCCGUGCAUUGGAAUUUGCCAGUUGUGAACUGGACAUUUUUUUUCCGCCUUCAUCUGUAACGUAUUUCAAUGUAAAUGGAGGAAGACGAAAGUCCAGCGGGGGCGGUACCGGGCACGGAACCGGACCGAAACGAUCGAGGUGGCGGCGAAGAUAGCGGCUCUUGUACUGUUGCUCCGCCAGCUCCGGAGCCUUGCGAACCGGGAUCAAACCAGGCUGCGGGUCGCGGAGACCUCGUCGGACCGGGCUCCCGUGUAACUGGAAUACGGGUUUUGAAGCGCAACAUGAAGCGCAACGGGAGCCGGGGCUGUGUGACGCGCAAGAGUCGCUUCGGGUCCCGGGAGCGAGAGUGGCUGAAGGGAGACUCCGGGCGGGGCUGCGUGUGCCUGUACAGGGCAGUGGGUCCUCAGACACCCUCCUCCUCCUCCUCCUCCUCCGCCUCGCAGCCCGACCUGCGCCUGGUCCUCUGCUCCACCAGCACCACGGUGGAGGAGCUCUGCGCUCAGGGGGACUGCCAGGCUCUGUACCUGCAGCUGCACGGAGACCUGCUCAGGAGGCUGGACCCUGCCGAGUGCCCUCUCCAGAUUGUUUACGAUUACUUGGCAGCGAUGGGCUACAGCGACCCGCUGAGGAUACAGAGGGAGGCGGCCCACUCCGACCUCAGCUGCAUGAUCCGCUUUUACAGUGAGAAGCCCCUGAAUGCCGACCAGCUGGAGCGCACUCUUCUCAAAGGUGUGUUCAGCGUGCGCAAGGGCAAGACGCAGCUCCACAAGUGGGCGGAGAGGCAGGUCAUCCUCUGCGGCACCUGCCUCAUCGUGGCCUCCGUCAAGGACAGCCUCACGGGGAAAAUGCACAUCCUGCCUCUCGUUGGGGGGAAGGUGGAGGAGGUGAAGCGCCGCCAGCACUGCCUCAUGUUCAGCUCGGCGGGACCUCAGGCUCAGACCUACUUCGUCAACUUUGACACUCUGGCGGACUACCAGAGGUGGCAUCGACAGGCUUCCAAAGUGGUGUCGCAAACGGUCAGUCUGGUAGACCUGUCCUGCUACAGCCUGGAGGAAGUUCCAGUGUACCUCUUUUACAGCCAAGACAUCACGCACUUCAACCUGCGCCACAACUUCCUGAGGCUAGAGGGUCCUGGGGGCCUUCACAGUCUCAACAGGUUUUCACAGUUAAAGAGCUUAAACAUCUCUCACAACCGACUGGGCUUCUUCCCAGAGAGCAUAUGUGAGAUCCUAACACUGACGGAGCUCAACCUGUCCUGCAAUGGUAUUCAUUCAGUCCCGGUCCAGAUAGGCAACCUGCAGGGUCUGCAGACACUGGCUUUGGAUGGGAAUUAUUUGAGCUCUCUGCCGGAAGAGCUGGGUGGGCUGUCACAGCUCUGUAGCCUGGGGCUUUCCUUCAAUGACUUCUGCCAGAUCCCUGCUGUGCUGGAGAAGCUGAGUGGUAUUGACAGGCUGGCCAUGGCCGGCAACCAAGUGGAGUUACUGGACCUGGGGACCCUCGGCAGAAUGAGCCACCUCAAGCACAUUGACCUGCGGCUGAAUGGGCUGCACUUGGUGGUGAGUGAGGGGCUGGAGGCACUGAAGCAGGUCACACAUAUGGACCUUCGGGACAACUGUCUCUCUGAGCUGGACCUCAGCUCUGCUGGAUGCCUGGAGAUGCUGCAGUGCCAGAGGAACCGCCUGGGGGUGCUCACGCUCAGUGGCUUCACCCUGCGAUCACUCUACGCUAGCGCCAACUGCCUGACCGCUGUGAAUAUUUACCCAGUUCCAAAUCAACUGACGCAUCUUGAUCUCUCUCAGAACCUGCUAGAGUACUUGCCUGACUGGGUGUGCGAUACCAGGAAAAUAGAGGUGUUGGAUGUCAGCUAUAACCUGCUCUCUGAAUUGCCUUCCAGGCUUCUCAGCAGCCUGAGCCUGAGGAAGCUGCUGGCAGGCAACAAUCGGCUAAACAUCCUGCCUGACCUCCUUGACCACAUCCCUCUGGAAGCCCUCGACCUCCAGCACAACAAGCUGGGCGAGCUCCCAGAAAGCCUCUUCUACAAGGCCUUAAACCUGAGGUACCUGAAUGUAUCAGCCAACUCCCUGGAGACUAUUCCCCCCAGCAGCCAGUCAGAGGAGAGCCUCAGCACCCUCCAGGAGCUCUUCCUCACAGGAAAUAACCUGACUGAGCACUGCGCCGCCCUGCUGGUUGGACACCAGAAUCUUCGAGUGUUGCACAUUGCUUACAACCAGCUACAGUCCUUUCCAGCCAGCAAGCUGACAAAGUUAGAGCUGCUUGAGGAGCUGAACCUGAGUGGCAACAAGCUCAAGAGCAUUCCCUCCACUGUGUCUGGCUGUAAGAGACUCCACACUCUGGCUGCACACUCCAACCACAUCAGUGUCUUCCCAGAGAUCCUCCACCUGCCCGAGAUCAAGCUGGUUGAUCUGAGCUGUAAUGAGCUGACGGAGAUCCUGCUGCCUGAUUCACUGCCAGCCAGCCUGCAGGAGCUGGACUUGACGGGAAAUACCAACCUCAUCCUGGAGCACAAGACCCUCAAUAUCUUCAGCCACAUUGCCACACUGAAGCUGGAUCAGAAGCCAGCCAUGACUGCAGGAGACUCCCUUGGCUCUUCAACGCUGUGGAAUCAUGGGUAUUCCGAAAUGACAGGCCAGAGAAAUAAGCUGUGCGUCUCAGUGCUUGCAGUCGAUCGAUUUGGAGACAGUGUGGAAGCAGCCUAUGGGAUCUUCGAUGGCGACCGAAAUGAGGAAGUGCCUCGUCUGCUGCAGUGCACUAUGGGAGACGUGUUGGCUGAAGAGAUCCAGCACUCCAGCGUGGACACAGUGUACAUGAGCAACACCUUUCUCACCUCACACCGUAAGCUCGGUAUGGCUGGCCAGAAGCUUGGAGCUUCAGCCCUGCUUUGUUAUAUCCAUCACGACCCCUCUGACCCAAGCAGCUACUUCAGCCUGACCUUGGCCAACGUGGGCACCUGCCAGGCUGUACUGUGCCGGGACGGGCAGCCCUUGCCGCUCUCUAAGGUCUUCAGUUUGGAACAGAGUGCAGAAGAGACCGAACGGGUCAAAAAGAGCAAGGCUAUUGUCACUGAGGACAACAAGGUCAGCGGUGUGACGUGCUGCACUCGCCUUCUGGGCUGCUCGUACCUGUCUCCCUGGGUCAUUCCCAAGCCCUGGGUGCAGACCGAGGCCCUGUGUGCCCAGGACGAGUUUCUGAUUCUGGGGAACAGAGCCCUGUUUGAGCACGUUUCCUACCAGAAGGCAGUGAGUACAGUGCAGGCGGUCCGGGACCCCCGAGCUGCUGCCAAAAAGCUGUGCACCCUGGCCCAGAGCUAUGGCUGCCAGGACAAUGUGGGGGCUGUGGUGGUGUCCCUUCACAUAGGGGAGGACAGCUGCACCUGUGAGCCACCGUUGGCUUCCACCGAUACCAGAGGGAUAGGAACAGGAGGUGUGGUGGGUGGUUGCCCCACUUCUAUACCCCUGGGAGAGCCUGCCACCCCCUCCUCUAGCAGUGGGAUAGCGUCUGAGUUCAGCAGCGAGAUGUCGGCCUCGGAGGUGGGCAGCGAGGCAGGCUCCACUGCCUCAGACGAGCACCCAUCCGGUCUGGCUUCCCGGCCCGAGCGCCGCUGCAGCCUCCAUCCAGCGGCCACCCUGUGUGGCAUCGGAGGCCCCGCCGCUGGAGGCAACAACCCAGGCUUCUUCCAGAGGCAGCCGUCCUGUGCCACCUUCUCCAGCAACCAGUCGGACAACGGGCUGGACAGCGACGAUGAGGCUCCACUAGAGGGCGUGAUUUCCAAUGGGAGUAAGCUGGAGGUGGAGGUGGACAUCCAUUGCUGUGCUUUUCAGAUCCUCUCAGGAGCUCCUGAGGGCCCCAGUGACCAGGAGCUCCAUCAGGAUCACCGGAGCUUGGAUUUCCCCACCAGCGGAUUCAGGUCAAAAAUGCGCCGGCAGAAUAGCGUAGUGGUGUCGUCCACUAACGGAUGCUUCCUCUCCGUGUGCGGGAAGGAGAUCUCCGACCUGAAGAAGUCGCCUUCAACCUCCAGCCUCUUUGGGAAGAAGCUGUCCAACGGCUCAGUGGUGGCGCUAGAGGACAGCCACAAUCUCAUUGAGGUGGCCUUGGAGGCCCCGAAGAAGAAAUCGGGCUACUUUGCUGCCCCUGCCCAACAGGACCCCGAAGACCAGCUUGUGGUGCCCCCCAGUUUGGAACAGGACGUGCGGGAGCAGAUGAGGAACCAGAUGCCCAUCCCCGGACCUCCACCCCCGGGCACACCCACUGCUUCUGGAGCCCCUGACUGGGAUCAACAGCAACCCCCCCAGCUGCCACACAGAGACCAGAGCACUGCAGCUGUACCGCAAGAAGUGUAUGACACUGCACUGUAGAAGGCAGCCAGGCUCCUGCCUGCCCAAACUGACGGGACAGAGUGAGCUUAGACAACGCUGGCUGAUUCUGACACCCAUGGGACACUCCAGUUCAGUUGUUAUGUUUAAUAGCUGAUUAAUAUUUUAGGACAUUACCCUUAGCAUAAUAUAGCAGUUUAACUCUUAAAUAUAUAAUUUGAAUAUCAGACCUACUAACUGAAGGACAUAUAUAAUAUAAAAGAAUAUAAUGAUUUAUGUAACUGAACUGGAAAGCAAAUUGCAUGAAACAUCAUUAUCAUUUAGGUACUACAGGCCAAACAACCUGAACUGGAGUAUCUCAUCUGAGAAACACUGCAAAAAAGAUGUUGACGUAAUGUUGUCUUGGGACAGACUGUUUACUUAUUGAUGUAAAAUGUUUGUCACAACACAUGAAGUUUCUUUUUUAAGUAUGCAACUCCUUAUUUGGGUGAUAGGCUUUAAGUGUUACUUGACUUGUUUAUUUAUCACUGUACAUUCCUCCUGUACUGAAGAAUCUGUGUCUUGUGGCUCUUCAGCACCAGACAGAAGUCACAGAACCUAAAGGUGACAACAAGUGCCUGCAGCAGAUUUUCAGUCACUUGGACAAGGAUAAUCGCGAAACUGCACACUGGCCAUGGUGCUGGCAUGAUCAGAUAACCUCAUGUGGGUAAUUCUUAGAAGACUGUGACCAAACGAAAAGAUACAAUGAGUUCAGCCCCAUAUUCCAGGAAUCAGGAUUUUUGUAAGGUCUUCUGCCAAACGCUCUUGUUCUGAUGAACAACGAUGAUGACGACGAGAUGACAGCAGACACGAUCCUCUUCAGUUUUCCUCCCUCGGCAGUUCAUUGGAUUGCAAUUGGACAUUCCAGAUCAGUUAGGAAGCUGAAGGGGUAAAAAAUUAGCUAAAGCCUGAAAAGAAAUGGUUUAACGAGCAAAGACAUUCAAUCUAAGAAGUGCUAAUGGAAGGGAUUUGGAAAAGGAGCAGUGCUUGCAUUUUAAAACAUGAUGUUUUAAUGGAUUACUGUACAACACAGCCAUAUUAAUCAACAUUAAUUUAUUCAGUCAAAAUAUUAAGUAUCUUUUUUUUUUUUGCAGUGGAAAUGUGGUCAAAUCUGUCCACUCCAAAAAGACUUAGGGUGGAGUCAGGAAACAAAGGCAAAUGUCAAUGCAUUGCUUCGCUAUUUUCCUGUCUGACAAAUGCUAAAAGAAAGUAGUCACUGAAGAAACUGAAAAACAGAAUGAACAAAAUGAAAGUUGAAAUAUUUGUGUUGUGACUAGCUCUUUUUACAGUUCAACAAGUGUAGGCAUUCAAGUUAUGAGUGUUCAGCAAAGGAGGCCUUCUGCCUUAUAACUCAAGUCAAACAGGAUGUGAUUUUCAUGAAUAAUGCAGACUUGACCGAAUCAUCAAUAGGAUAUCAUUUGACUCUGGUACUUGAACUGUGGCGCUAGAAGCUGUUCAGUGUAAUAAUAGUGUGAGAAAUAAUAGUGACAUGAUUACACUGAAAAAAAGUCCUUUGCCAACUUUGAAUGAGACGUUUUCAAACAAAAUAGAUUUUAAGGAAUAAUGCAAAGUGUAAAUACAUUAAAAUAUAUAACUGAGUAUAUUUUGCCUACCAAUAUAAGAAUGUGUCUUAGUUCUGUAUGUCUAUCGUAAAAAAGUGUAUGUAUGGUAUUGAGAAAACUUAUUUUAACCACACUGUAUGCAUAUUUCAUGUAGGCUUGCUGAUUAAUUAAUUUUAAUUUAAAUUGUGAAAACUAUUAUAGAAGGAGCAAGCAUUGGUUCACAAGACAAAGAAAAUAUAUACUGUGAAUUAGACCUUAUGAAUUCUAUUGCCAAUUAUGGUUUGCACUAUAUAAGCCUGCAAGUCUUACUCAUGUGGUUUAUAAUAUUACUCAUAUUUCAUGUUAUAAAGCUAUGAUGGAGAUUUAUGGACAGUGUAAUACAAAUGUAUCCUUGUUGUAAUUGCCAGAAAAAAAGGUAAUAGAUUGCAUACUGAGCAUCAAAAGAAAAAAUCACUUUCAACGUGACUGAUUCAUAAAAUUAUCAUUAUGAAAAUGGUAAGAUCUUUUUUUUUGUUGUAGGUGUUUUAUCGUUUUGUUGAACAGACAUGACGUAGUUAAAUUCAGUAUUCACAUUAACUGUUGUAAUCAACAGGGCUGGUCAGUUUUGAGUCUACUGGCUGAAGGCAGCCUCGGGCUGAUAAAGCUGUAACCGUGUCCAGCACUGGCUUACUUUACACGCCUUGUGAUGUUCGCUUUUUGUGACACAUGCUUUGCACCAGUUUGCAGAAGCUGUCUUGUGGGAAUCUUGUGGGAUUCUGUCCCUUUCCUUUUAUACAGCCUGUUCCACAUACGUUCAGAGGGUUUCACGUCUGGCAUCUACAGCAUAACUCUCACAUUCUCAUCUCACCAGAAAACCUUUGUUACAGGGGCAGUGUUAGAAUGUCUCAGGAUUUAAUAUAGCACAACGUGGGGCAGUCAGGCUGCAAUUUUCAAUCACUACGCUGAAGCAAGUAGACACUUCUACCCAGAUCAUCACAUUUGAACCCCUAUAUCGGUCUUGGCAAGAUCUCAUGACCUGUGGUCUCCCCGAUUGUGGCCUGUUGUUGACAGACUGUGCUUACUGUGGCAUCUUGCCCAGUUAAACCUUUCUGACCGUGAUCAUCUCAGACAGCAAGUGACAGCGUGUGAGCUUAGUCCAGCCUUAACAUAACAAUGGCACAAAGACAUUGUUCUCCUGAUUAUCAGGUCAUAGUGAUUCCUUUCUGUGUUCUUCAUUCUUGAUUUAUGCAUUGUUUGAAAGUCAAGAAGUUAAUUCACCUCUACCUAUGCCUAGUUUCACUAACGAGGUGAUUCAGUGCUUAUGCAAUAAUCAAAGUCGCUUGACAAUAUGACAGUCAAUAAUUUGAUCAAUUAAUCAAAAGGACACCAAAAAUGCAUUUAAUUAAUAUCCUAAAUCCAUAUACCUUAUUUUUCUAAAUACAGACAUGGAUUGAAUAGUUUCGUUUGAUGCUCAGUCAACAAGUGGUCACCUAGUGUCAUCUAGUGGUCAAAGUGUUGUACUGCAGGGAUUCCUCUUUUUAAUUACAAGUUGGGCCGUGUUUUCCGAAGGCGAUGAAUGAUAUUCUGAAAUGUUUUCAUUCCGAAAUGUGUUGAGGUAUAUAACACCACUUAUUAUUUUUCAGUGUGAACAACAGGCAGGAAUGACAAAAAGUCCCUUUGAAUGUAUUUCUAUUUUAUCAACAGCAAAAUAACAAACCUUGGGGUUUCAAGUUGCUGUUCCACUGACCGAAAAAAACCCCGAAUGAAGGCAGGGUGUGACUCUGCAUAACACUAGAUUAAGCACAUGGAGAAGAAAGCUCCUCUGGAUAAUGGAAAUGGAUUUUUGAAAUGACACUAAGAAAUUAGUAUGCAGUAAAUAUGAAAAACUGCCCAUAACCAUAUGUGUAGCAGUGAAUCAUUUUCCAAAACUGUCUCAUGAAACUUGGAUUUCUGGAUUUUUUAUGGGAUAGUGCACUCUUUUAAAAUGGUUCCCUCUCUGCACCUGCUCAGGCACUUUAGACUUGAGGUCCUUAUUCAAGGACAUCAUUCUGUUUUUGAUGUGGUUGGCCACAGUGCUGUAUCCAUGCUGCUUUGCCUAUGCCAGCGAUAUCUGGGUAUAGCAUUCUAGAUACUAGAUUCUAGAUACAUGACAUUUAGUAGCAUCAGCUCUGUUGGAAUAUACUGAAUUCUACAUAUGCCUGUCUAAAGUCGCAUUUAAUGCUGCUUAGUUCAGGAUGGGCAUAUCUGUAGGCUUAAUCACUGCCUGGCACUGCCUGUUCUCUGUGCCCAGUCCCUUGUGCCAUACCAGUGGUUCUUAUCUGCUUAUAGUAUUUGUUUCAGUAGUUCAGGGUAUACUGUUCAAGUACAUUUUUAAGCUUCAAGAUCAAAAUAUAAUAAAAGAAAAUACGGGCAGGGCAUAUAUAGGAAAUGCAUUUGCUGUAUCAUAAAUGCAUACAUUAGUAGUAAAGAAAACAGCCUUUGAUUCUGCUACCAUGACUUGAACUAUGGCUAUAUUUCCUGGCUGUCACUGGAUAAAGCUGUGUAAUUACUGCAGCAACAUGAAAGAAUGCUAGUGUAAAACAUUGGGAUUUGUGAUGCCCACUGAGACCUUUAUCUUGGCCUUGAAGGACUGUAAGAUUAAUUGUACUUACUAUAUUGAAAAAGAAUUAUAUUGCUUUUGAGAGUUUAUACUAAAUUUAAGGAAUUAUGAUGUUAGGAAUAUUAGUUUAUUUUUUUAAGAUCCCAGAGCUUUAAAAUGAAAUCCUAGGUUAGUUAUUUGGGCCUAGAUAUAAUUUAGGUUAGCUGCAUGUAAUUCAAACCAACAGAGAACUUGAAUGGGAACAGUGACUUUAUUUUUGUUAAUUGAGACGAUUCACUGUUUGAUCAAAUCUGUUUAUGAAGGCAUCGGACACUGUAGAAGCACUUUGUAUAUACAGAAAUUAAAUAUAAUAGUCUAUAUGAAGUAUUUAUAUAAAUGCACUCAAACUCAUAGGUCUUGAGUUUAGCUUGUUGUGGCUUUUAUUGGCCACUUAGAUUGCUAAAUAUUCUCUAAGAGAAAGCUGCCAAUUAAAAAGAUCUUAAUGUAAAAGAGCCAACCAUGACAUUGUUUUUUUUUUGAGUGACUGAUCGUAUACAUGUCCAUUUAUGCUGUUAAACUGUAAUAUUCAUGGGAAACAAUGCUAAAUUGUUAUGUCAAUAAACUUUGUUCUUGCAUUAGAACAUUAUCUGUGUAUAGGGAUCAACAAUAAAGAACAAAGUUGGGCUACUCCGCUCUGCAUGUGAUACAAAUUGAAAUAAAAUCCUUUUAUUUUUGUAAAUGAUAUCAUGCUCCAUGCACCGGCUGUACUUUAUGAUCAAGCAUAGAUGAAAGAAGAGUUCUUCACAUGUUGAGGAGAUUCAUGUUACAGUAAGAACUCUGCACGUAAGGAUAUCCGAGGAAAACACUGUAAAAAUGAAAGCUGGGUGAGAGCUAAGGUUUUUGGCUGAGCUUUCAACUUCUUUUCUCGCAUAUACUGUAUAUCAGCAACGGUAUACAGUUGAUGGAAAGGAAGAUGGCUAAAUCUGUAAUGCAGAGAUAUCAUCCUAAUACACCUAACAUUCUUUCUGUCCUUGUGACAAGUGUAUGCAACAAUGUAGAGACAGAGGGAAAGCUGUCACGCACAUCAAUGCUCUUUGUGUUUUUUGGGACAAAACAGUAUAUGCAAAAUGUUUCACUCAUUCUUAUAGAGUACUUUCUACUCUAUAAUUAGGCUUUGUGUGGCUAAGAAUAGUGACUUUACCUCUAUUAUCCAGGAAGGAAUGGCGACUACGUAGCACUAACCUUGAUUAUUUGAUCUGCUUUGCAAAAAAAAAAGUGUUCUGCUACCAUCUCAGUGUUUUCCAGGACUCAACAUACCUGUUCUGCUUAGUCCUGUAAGAAGUUAAUAAGAUCCCAGUGCACCUUUCUACAUAUAUCUAGGCCACGGUGUGCCAAGUCAGGAUCAAUGCUGUAUCAUAAAUGAGGUGCAGUGUUCCAUAUGCAUUAGUGUUUGUCCUAGUGUCCAAAAUUCAUUUAACUGACCUUAUCAGAACAUAAACUGGAAACCUUAGUUUAUUAGAAUUUUGCAUUUAUGUUUACAGUCCAAGUGUCUCCUAUUUGAGAGUACCAAAAAGGUUUACUUUAUGUAGUCACAGGACAGGCAGAAACAAAAUAGCAUGAGAUGAGAUUGCAUGUUAACUCAAUACGCCAUUUUGUUUUGCAAUACUUCAAGUAGUAGAGGCAGAAAAGCAAGUUGAAAAUUAACUGGACAAAAAUGUGUUUGGAGGAUAGAGCACAGGGUAAAGUUCAGCAGAAAUGCAUGAAGAGAAUAAUUUUCCCUUUAAAUCUAAGAGUUAAACCUUGUUAACAGAUUUUUCUACCAUAAUGUUAUGUAAAUGGAAUAAAUCCAUUAGACACGCAAAGGCGAUUACACACUUUUAAAAGCAUCAUUGCUGUAAGAAUGAAAGAUCUGAGUCAAUUUUUUCUCAUUUUUGUCCAAUUGAACUUUUUCUCCCGGAAACUUUUUUACAUAUAAAGCAACAUUAUUCCCUUAAGAGUUGAAAAGGAGACCGUAAAAUAAGUAUUUUAGUUUAUUUUUCACAUAAUGAAUAUGUAUUGAACAAUUUAUUUUGCUUUCAUGUACAACUCUGGAUUAUUUGCAUAAUAUUAUGGUAAAUACACAGCAGCAGGGGUGAUGGGAGAUAUUAACAGGCUUAAUAUGUGACCAAAGUAAACAUUGUUCAAAUUCAUCAUUAUUUCUGUAUCUUCUUUUCUAGAGAUGCCUAAAUAUUUUCUCUGUAUGCCAAUAAAGUUAACAUUUAUUUUUGUACUUCAUUGUUUCAUGCAGAUUUAUAGAUCCUUCUCUUCUACAAAAUUUAGGUUUUCAAUUAUCAUAUAUUGUCACCCAUCUGUUAAUUUAAUUUUUUUCUUUUCCAAUGAAAUUCUUAUUAGUGUAUUUAACGUUUCAAGCAUGUGUUAUAUACAAAUGUGAUUAAUUUGUACAGAAUCAAUGGUUUAUGUUUCUAAGGCAUUGUUUUAAAUAUCUGGAGCAUUUAUGAUAUUUUUAUGUUUAUAUUUUAGCAUGCAGAUAAACUGCUGAAUAUGAAGAAUCUGUUCUAUAAUGGAUGUAAUUAGUUUAGACAAUCUUUUUUGUUGUUGUUUUGUUAUUGGGGGAAAAAAGAAAUGAGAGCACUUUUGCUGUUCCACAGCCUGGGUUUGACUCCUUUUGUUUUGGGGGGCCGACAAUGGUUCAUAAUUUCACUUGAAAUGCUGCUAUAUAGAUGAGAUUUGGGCAGAAAAGGUGUAUUUUGAUUAACUUUUCAGCCAAAGUAGCAAUAAAAAUUUAUACUGUGAA